AGAGAUAGAUAGAUGUAUAAAGUCCAAAUUUUGUGUUCUGGAAAAAAAAGCUUUUCCUGGUCCAAUACUAACCCCUAAACCAUCUGGUAUAGCAGCUUCAUAACUGAAUUUGGCCAACUGUGUAUAUGGGAUUGUAGCCUUAGUAAAUAAGCUGGUUUACAUGUAUUUAAUUUGUUCUCCUAGGGAGUUCCGUACAGCCACUACUUCAAUGGGCAUGGCUUACAAAUUGGAAGUAAUACAAGCUAUGAAGACAAUCGAUAAAUGGGAUUUUAAUGUGUUUACCUUAGAUGAAGCUGCUGAAGGACACUGCUUAAAAUUUAUGAUGUGCGAAAUAUUCGCCAAAUAUGAUCUUUUGAAACGUUUCCAGAUACCAAUUACCACUCUAAUCUCCUUUGCAAAAGCUUUGGAAGCUGGUUACAGUAAACACAAAAAUCCAUAUCACAAUUCAAUCCAUGCUGCAGAUGUUACUCAAACUGUGCAUGCCAUUAUGAUUCAUACUGGAAUGCUGCAAUGGUUCACUGACCUGGAGAUCUUAGCUAUUUUUUUUAGCAGCAGCAUCCAUGAUUAUGAGCACACCGGGACCACAAACCAUUUCCACAUAGAGACAAGGUCAAAAGCUGCUCUUUUGUAUAAUGAUAGAUCAGUUCUUGAAAACCAUCACCUGAGUGCUGCUUUCCGCCUGCUACAAGACAAAGAUACAAAUAUCUUAGGCAACUUAACCAAAGAUGAGUGGAGGGAACUGCGUCGCAUGGUUAUUAAUGUAGUUUUAUCUACAGAUAUGUCACAUCAUUUCCAGCAGUUGAAAAUCAUAAAACAUAUUUCCCAGUGUCUCCAGCUAGCUGACAGGACACACAAGGAUAAAAUCAUGUCUUUUCUGGUACACAUAGCUGAUAUCAGCCAUCCAGCAAAGCCUUGGGAACUGCACCAUCAAUGGUCAGAAGCAUUACUGGAAGAAUUCUUUGAACAGGGAGACAAAGAGGCUGAAAUGGGACUUCCAAUUUCUCCGCUCUGUGAUCGCAAGACAACCAAUAUUGCAGAAUCCCAAAUAGGAGAACCACUAGAUAAGGAAAGCAACAAGGCUAAAAAACAAGUCACAAUUAAAUCUAAAGGACAGAAAGGAAAAUCUCAGAAAACAACGAAGGAAACACCCCCACUUUCUAGCCCAAAGGAUUACUGUACUGCAGCACAAAAUCCCUCAACUUGCCGCUGUCAACUUUGUAUCAGCAAAGCAUUUGAACCAAUGGAGGUCAGCUUCAUAGUUUACAAUGCAAACUCAUCAGAAUUGUCACAACCACAGCAGGAUACUGAAGUCAUGGAUGUCACGGAAUCAUAUGAGGAACUAGUAGAUAAAGAAAGUUCUUGGAGGAAAACUGCAAAUCAGAAUAUAGAUGAAAGCAUACAAGAGAUGAGAAACAUGAUUCCCAAAACAAAACCUCUGCAUCCUGAUGAAAGUGAUGAUGUCGUCAUUGAGGAAUUUGUACCAAAUGAUCCAGAGCCUCCCAAAACUACUAAACCACCUGAUGACAUUACUCCAAUGGAUUUUCAGCAAUUACCUAACCUUGGAUUUUUAAGGACAAAUUUAACCAAAAGUGACCUGGAAAUUUUUUCACUGUGGAAUGAAGAAGUUAUGAGACGUGCAACUGAGCAGCAGAAAAAAAAAUUGACUGACACAACCGUACAAGUGGCAGCGCAAUUGGUGCAAAAUGAACAAUGUCAAGGAAGUGGGAAAACUCCUGCUCAAAACCCUGAAACGUUUAUCUUACAAGUAAUCUCCAUUGACUCUCCUGCAACAUGCCAAGAUCACACGGGAGCAAACUGUAACCCCUAUCAACAGGGCGUUGCCAGCACUCCCGCCCCCACCAACGCUCCUGUACCAGCAUCAAACGUCUCCCAAGCAAACGAAGCGAACCCAUGUGGAGCUGCAGCUGUAUCUGUCACAUCCCUGAGUUAUGGGGUCUUUAAAAUCCCCUAG